CCGUAAAUAUUAUACCGGAACCUGUACCGGUGCCACGUUGAAAGUAAAAACUAAGGAUUUCCUCUUCACAUCUUUAGAGAUCGUUGCUGUGUACGUUACACUGGUUACAAUAGCCGACAUAAGAAAAAACAUGUUUCGCUUUGUUUUAGCUACUUUAGCUGUUAUUGCCUCAAUAGCGUUAGGCAGUGUGGAUGAAGAAGAAGGAGUGCUUGUGCUUACUAAAUCAAACUUCGAAGGCGUUAUUACAGAAAAUGAAUUUGUUUUAGUGGAAUUUUAUGCACCUUGGUGCGGACAUUGCAAGGCACUAGCCCCUGAAUACAGUAAAGCUGCUCUAAAAUUAAAGGAAGAUGGCUCAAAAAUUAAACUUGGUAAGGUAGAUGCAACAGUUGAAUCAGAUCUUGCUGAAAAAUACCAAGUCAGAGGAUACCCCACACUCAAGUUUUUCAGAAAUGGCAAUGCUAUUGAGUAUUCAGGUGGCCGUCAGUCAAGCGAUAUUGUAAACUGGUUGAACAAAAAAACUGGACCUCCAGCAACUGAUCUCACUGAUAAAGAUUCUGCCAGCUCAUUCAGAGAAAAACAAGAUGUUGUUGUCAUUGGAUUCUUCAAGGAUCAGGAAUCAGAUGAAGCCAAGGAAUUCCUUAAAGUUGCAAGUGCAUUAGAUGACAUUCCUUUUGGUAUUACAUCAGACAGCGAAGUAUUUGCUGAUAACAAAGUUGAAAAAGAUGGAGUUGUUCUGUUUAAGAAGUUUGAUGAGGGCCGCAAUGACUUUGAUGGUGAACUCAAAGAAGAUGCUAUUCGUGCCUUCAUUACUAAAAACAGAUUGCCCCUUGUUAUUGAAUUUACACAAGAGUCUGCCCAAAAGAUAUUUGGAGGUGAAGUGAAAAAUCACAUCCUCUUGUUCUUGAAGAAAGAAGGUAAUGAUGAUGUCAUUCAGGGCUUUGGAGAGGCUGCCAAGGAAUUCAAAGGAAAGAUCCUGUUCAUUUACCUGGACACUGCCAAUGAAGACAAUAGCCGUAUCAUGGAAUUUUUCGGUUUGAAAGAAGCUGAGGUACCAGCUGUCCGCCUGAUCACUCUGGCUGAAGACAUGACCAAAUACAGACCAACAGCUGAGGGUGUUGAUGCAGCCACCAUUAAACAAUUUGCCCAAGAUUUCUUGGAUGGCAAACUGAAACCACAUUUGAUGUCUGAAGAAAUCCCAGAAGACUGGGAUGCCAAGCCAGUCAAGGUUCUAGUAGGAAAAAAUUUCAAAGAGGUUGCUCUUAACAAGGAUAAGGCAGUCUUUGUUGAGUUCUAUGCUCCAUGGUGUGGACAUUGUAAACAGCUGGCACCAAUCUGGGAUGAGCUUGGAGAAGCUUACAAAGAUAAUGACAAAAUUGUAAUUGCCAAGAUGGAUUCAACAGCUAAUGAAGUAGAAGAGGUCAAAGUUCAGAGUUUCCCUACAUUGAAAUAUUUCCCAGCUGGAAGUGACAAGAUUGUUGAUUACAAUGGUGAAAGAACUCUAGCAGGAUUCAAAAAGUUUUUGGACAGUGAUGGUCAAGAUGGUGCUGCUGCUGCAGCAGAGGAAGAGGAGGAAGAUGAAGGUGAAGAAGAGGGAGAAGAAGAUCCACAGAAAAGAGAUGAAUUAUAAACAGUCAUUCAAUUUCUAUUCCAGUUUUACUCUUAACCUAACCAUCUGAUGAUAUGCUCUUCUUUUAUUUAUUUUAGAAAUUAUAAUUAAUGGUAUUCAAAAACAUUGCUGGAAUAGAAGAUAAGAUUUACAGGGGCGAUUGGUAAAAAUAAUAUUCUAGGCUCAGGAAAUAAUCAACAAAAUAUUUAGAACAGAAGAGGCAUCUGGUUGUUAAUAAAUGUGUAUGUUCAAUGGUAUAAUAUGUGCUGUGACUGAGGUGUGCUGCUUGCAAAUGCUGAAUUUUGUUAAUGUUAAAUUACCUUUUCUUCAGAAGCAUGACAGGGUUGGCUGCUUUGUACAGAUAGUGUUUGUUGGUACGGUAUAUUAAAAGUUUAUAAUUUGUUGGAUAUUAGACAAAUUAAUGUAUUGAUUAUCAUGAAUGAAAGUUCUUUACCUUGCCACAGUUUGUUGGUGAGCAUAUUUGAUUGAUUCAUGAUUAAAUGGAUGUCUUCC